AUGGCCGCAAGAAGCGCAGCUCUCAAGGUCGAUUGGGCCAAGAUCACGACGUCGCUCGGCCUGCGCGGCCAGACGGCGGCCAGCUUGCAGGCUUUCAAGAAGCGCAAUGACGACGUGCGCCGCAAGCUGCAGCAGCUCAAGGAGCUUCCCACUACCGUCGACUUUGCCCACUACCGCCGCGUGCUCAAGAACCAGGCUAUCGUCGACGAGAUUGAGCGGCGCUUCAACGCCUUCCAGCCGGCGACGUACGAUCUUAACCGUCAGCUGAAGGCCAUCGAGGCCUUUGAGGUCGAGGCCAUCAAGAACGCUGAGGCCACCAAGGAGAAGGUUGAUCUGGAGCUCAAGGACCUGGAAAAGACCCUCAAGAACAUCGAGGAGGCCAGGCCGUUCGAGGACCUUACCGUCGACGAGGUUGCUGCUGCGGAACCAAGCAUCGACGAGAAGACCACCAAGCUCGUCACCAAGGGCCGCUGGUCUGUGCCUGGCUACAAGGAGAGGUUCGGCGAUCUUUCUGUCCUCUAA